GUGGAGGACCCGGCUAUGCGCUGGCAGAUGUCUCUUUAUAAGGAGCGCUCUGGGAAGGAGGAGGACGCCGAGGACCCCGAGAAGGUGGUCAAAAGGGUCCAGGAGGUGUCGGCCGUCCUGUACCACAUCGAGGUGUGCUCCGCUCACCUGUGGGCUUUCCCCCCUCAGACCGAGCACCCCUUCAAGUCCAAGAAGAUGGUUUGGCACAAGCUGCUGUCCAAGCAGCGGCGCCGGGCGGUGGUGGCCUGUUUCAGAAUGACGCCUCUCUACAACAUCCCCGCGUAA